CGCGACGACUGAGCGACGAACAUGACGACGGCGCAGGUGGCGCUGAUAUGGCUGCUGUUUGCUACUGCAGCCUUCGCAGAGCCAGAGAAGCCUCCACAACCAGUAACGUUCCUGCGUCCUCCCUCGCAAGCGACAGAACCUCGUUCUGUUGUGCAGAGGGUAGCUCGAUGGUUCUUUUCCUCGGGUGAUGAUGCAGCUGGGCACCAUGAGGACUACGGUCGACCGCCGCCACCGUCAUCACCGCCUCAUCCAUCCGGCUCCCAUGGACGACAUGGCUCACUCAAGUCCAACUAUGGCCCACCCAGAUUCAAAUACGGUCCUCCAAAGCCACCUACCACUCAUUACAGUCCUCCAAAGACAUCGAACCAACAUGAAUUCCCCAGCGGCCCACCACCUGGCUUUUUCAUCUCUCGUCCUGAAGGAAAACCGUCAAAGCGUCCUGAUCUUGGAGGCAGUCACUAUUUGCGAUCGCCAAAGCCCCCAGCAAAUCAGUAUGGACCUCCCAAAACCCCUUCCUCUAGUUACGGCCCACCUAAACCUACAAGUAAUUAUGGUCCUCCCACCAAUGCACACGGUGGACCAUCUGUUUCUUCCCCGGCCAGCUAUUUAUCGCUGAAACCUCCCAGUAUAUCUGGACCUCCAUUAACUCCUCCAUCGAUUCAUUAUGGCUCACCAAAGCCUUCUGGUAGCAGUGGCCAAUCUUCAAUAUUUCAUGGGCCCCUCCGGCCAUCAAGACCACCAUCACCAACAUAUGGAUCUCCAGGACUACUUACAUCUCACAGGCCUCCAUCGCCAGGGUAUGGUCCACCCCGAUCUCCAGGAAUUGUCAGUCAUCCUAAACCACCAAAAAAGGACUGCAAUCCAUGCAACAGGGUUCCUUGGGUUCCGAUGUCUGUAGGAGGAGUAUCAGAUCUGCCUCCAUCUUCUUCUGCAUCAUCAGGUGGGCUUUAUUUGCCGUCACCAUCAAGCUCAUAUGUACCACCUCCACCUCUGAACAUUCCUGAUGCCUCUGCUUACAAUUCAGGAAACGCAGCUGUUGGCAUAGAGGGACACAUUGGAAGUGGAUCUAAUGGACAAAGUGGGCACAUUCACACUUCACAUACCAAUUCAAACGGAUCUCCUGGCAACUAUGGUCCUCCGCCUAUUCCACCCUUAUUACAGAUUCCAAACAUACAAUACGGUGCAUCAGAAUCUACAGCUUCUGCAUCGACAGUAGGAAGCAUCCAGCAAGGUCCAGCUUACUUACCUACUAUAUCGUCGUCUCAGUCACAUCAACAGACUGCUGCACCAACGCAAAAUGGAAUUUACGGGGGUUCAACAGAAGGAGGCCAAUCUCUGGACGUUGUGAAGUCUGUAACAUUGCUUUCCGAAUCUUAUCCUCCUACCAUCAACACUCCAGGGCAGAACAGUCAACUGUACCAGUCUCCUGUACACCUUAUACCAGCAAGUAAUCCUAACUGGCCGUCUCCACCUACAGCUCACUCACCAAUAUCAGAGGCAGGAAAUAAUGCAUUUACUGACCAGCAUACAUUAGAAUCUGAAUUUACUCAGCAUACCAAAACCAAAGGGCAUGGAGGAAAUGAACUAGAAGUUAUAAAGAGCGUGCCACUGGCAGAUUUUGUGUCCUCAAUCGAGUACCCAAUAGAAGUCAUACAGUCUCCAUCUUAUGUAGAUGUAUCCCCAGAUGCACCAGUUGACAAUGAUGGAAAUAGCAUCCAUUCUGCAGAACAGAAAGUUAGGGAAAAUCCUGAGUAUCUUCCGAAGAAUGAAGAAAUAGUAAUUGGUAGACCGGUUCUGAAGGGCGAACUAAAUAUAAAACAGGUUGCACAGAGCACGAGCAAUGAAGGAUAUAAAAAUCAUAAUGGUGAUGAUUCUGGAAAUCUGAGUAACAAUGUUAAUCAGCAAGGAGAAAAUGAUCAGAGCGAUCAGAAGCAAAGUGGGUCUAUAAAGCAACCCAUCAACGUAAACUCAGUUGUUAAGGACCAAACAGAAGGAAGUGACCUAAAAUCGGAAGGGAAUAAUUUUUAUCUCGGGACCACACACCAGAGCCCUCAGUCAUUCUCCUUACCAUCUAGCCAUUAUUCAAAUGAGAACUCGUUUAACGCAGGAAACAAGAACAUCACAUUCCCACAAGAUGUGCAAAGCCAAACAAAGGAUAAUAAGUCUGGGUUUGGUGUGAGUACCCAACAGCACAGUACUUCCAUAGACAAUGUAUAUGGUCAGGACCAUAGCCAGAUCAACGACCAGCCUCUUCUUGAGCAAACAUCUGGACUAGAUUUUCAACAACAAUCCAACGUGCUUCUACAACCGCCGCGUCAGCAGAGUGGAAACAAUUAUUAUUUGGUUCCACAGGGCCAGAAUGUGUUACCAUCACAGAAAACACCAUCUUUGCUCCAAAGUGGCUUCGUGAAGCCGCCAGAAGGCCAGAGAGUCAUUGUCGAUAUACAGCCAUCGGUGCAAACGUCUGCUCAAGGAGCAUCACUCAUUUAUCAGAUCAACAAUCUGAAGGCUCCACCACCAACAGCUCCAUUUCCCAAUGGAUUUCCCAACCGUCCGACACAGACGGCAGUAUUUGUGUCCUUCCAGAAUGGGUUACAAGGCGCUACUGCUCCUCAGAGCGUCCCACCAGCUGUCCCUCCUCCUGGCCCAGGGCCAGUACACGAUUCCUUCGUGAGACCACCUAAUUCCUUUCGAAAUCCACUCAUUGCGUUCCAGAGUCUCUACAAACCUGACAUUCCCGCUCAAUUUCUGAACCCUCCAGGCAUCAAUCCACCACCUAUCUGGUCACAGUCGGCUGAAGAUUACAGUGCUCCAUGGGCAAACGCUGGAGGUCCUCCACCUUUCAAAUACCUCCCUGACAGUAGUGCUGUAGCUUCGUUCUCCAGUCCUGGGCUAUAUCCACCCCCACCAGUACCACUGCCGCAGCAGGAACCUACCCAACAGACCCCUCAACAGGGGCACAAAAGGCCAAAGAAGAUUCAAGUAAUAGUUCCAUACACAUCGACCAAAGACCUUGCUCAAUUCCCCUCUGCAGGCAGUCAGAAUGCAGCGGGCCUGAAUGCUGGUCCGUGGACACCCGUACCGCAAACUAACCAAGGUGUGGCCGUAUCAGAACAGCAGCCUGUCCCACAAGUCAACUGUAGUGAUCCACAGAAACCUUGGCAAGGCUACAUUUUCUGCUACCCAUCUCAGUUUUACAUUUCGCAGCCUUCAGAUAAUUCACAGGAUUACCAACAGCAUCAGGAAUCCAGACCAGCGACGCAGAAAGCCACCAUUCAGAACCACCCACAACUGAAAAAUCACCAGACAGUCUCAAAGACAGGAGAAAUUCAACACAUUUUCGCAUCUAACAUUCGUGAGCUACUGCGCGGUGAAGAGGAGGUGAAGAACGUAACUGAGGACACUCUUCUGCGGCUCCAGAAGAACAUUGACGAAUGGACGGCACUGGCCUACUCCAAACACAACAGAGCAGAGGAACGCAAGACGACGACACCAAAACCACCAGUCAGUGCCCUCCGACACCGCUUAGUUUCGUCCAAGCAGAUCCCAGAAGAGUACCUGACGACUACACCACUGCCGUACGAUGAUAUCAACCAGAAUGUGGAACCUUUCGCACCGACUGCCGUCCCUGCCCUGAAGCCGAGCACUGCUUCCAGUUCGCCCCCAAUUUCUAGUCGUUUCUUCGACCACGAAGCUGCGGGUAGCCACAGCCACGCAGUUACAGCCAACGCGUACGACAGACCAUCGCAGAAGGAGACGAACGGGGUCAGCGAACCUGUGGACCACAAAUGGAAGUUUUUUGAGAAUAACCUCGUACUCCCAGAAGCCGUGACUGUGUUAACUACAACGGUCGCAUCGACUGCAGCCACUGUCACGCCCGCAGAAGAACAGGUCACCACGGAACCUGCAGAAGAGCGACAGAAAACUGAUACAGAGCCGGAAGUGCCGACUACGCCACCGCCAACGACGCAAGCGCCGUGGACCAACCUGCAGGUGUCAAUCUCGCCAAUCACAAAGGAGAGGGUGUACGUGGUGACACCGCUCUCGUCUUGGGAACAGCAGCAACUGGAAGGGACGACUACGCCGACAGCGCAGCGGAGGUACACCCCGGGGGAGUCGUACCGUGAGGGCAAGUCGCAAGAAUUCGACUUCCACUCGCCGCGGUUCGUCGUGAGGCCUACGCCGGCGACCACGCUGCCACUGCAGACGCUUUUCUCGGCGGCAGACGGCGACGCCCGAGCAGAUGACCGCAGCAGUACCGUCCACGAGGACGCCAACAGCACGGCCAGCGCCGGCAACACCCUGUUCGACGACUUCGUGUCGUUAUUCAGCACAGGUAAUAUAGCAGCAAGUAAUCAUCACUUCCCUUUAUUUUGUUUUAUUGAAGUUAAUUUCUUUAUCUGCUACUUCACCUGA